AUGUUUCUUUUGUGCGUCCCCCGUUUUUUUUUCAUCAAUGGUUUGAAUAACAUGCGCCAUGUGAAGUACUACUAUAUUUUCCUGUGCUUUGUUUUUGUGGUCACUGUUUUGGGGAACUCCUUUGUAAUGUUCAGUAUAUACACUGAGCGCAGUUUUCACACCCCAAAGUAUAUGGCCGUUUUUAAUUUGGCUCUAGCAGACUUGGGGGAAAGCACUGCUCUCAUUCCAAAUGUAAUUGCAACGUUUCUUUUCAAUUCCCAAUACAUCUCCUUUGACGCAUGCUUGGCCAACAUGUUUUUUGUGUUGUUCUUUACCUGUUUGCAGUCUCUCAGUCUUACCCUUAUGGCCUAUGAUAGAUUGGUGGCUAUAUACUUGCCAUUGAGAUACCAUGCCAUCAUCACUAUGCAAGCCAUGACUGUAUUGUUAACACUGGCGUGGACAUAUAAUUCAUUUUUAAUUAUUUUAUUGGUGGCUUCAAUUACUAGGUUGUCCUUUUGUAAAUCAAUCGUGGUAAAAAGCUACUUCUGUGAUCAUGGGGCCAUAUAUAGUUUGGCAUGCAAUGACAGGUCUAUGAAUUCUAUGAUAACAACAGUUCAUAUCAUAUUAUGGAUUUGUGUACCCUUUCUUUUGAUUAUACUGUCUUAUUUUUUUAUUGCUGGUGCACUGUCUAAAAUAGCUUCAUGGGAAGGGCGAUUUAAAGCCAUUAAGACUUGUUCUGCACACCUAAUGCUGGUGUCUUUAUAUUUUCUUCCAAUAAUAGGCAUCUUGAUUGUUUCACUAACUUCAACCCUUCAGCCUAAUGUCAGGAUAUUUAAUUUGUCAAUUGCAAAGACCCUUACACCCUUGCUGAACCCAAUAAUUUAUGUGCUGAACACAGAUGAGGUUAGGGAAUUCUCAAAAAAACUUUUCAAAACAAAAAUCAAAAAACAAAAAAAAAUGCAACAUAAAUAAAAAAAUCUCAAAUUCAUAAAUAAAAAAAACAAAUUCAUAUUACAGGACUGUUGCUUUUCACUAUAUCACAAACUGCAGUCUGUAAAACCAGAGUUGGAGGCAGUAGUUAAAAUUCCUUAGCCUCUAUGAAAAUGUUUGCAAGUGUUAAGGAAUUCUAAUUUUCAAAACCAAUGAUCAUCAGUUGCUAAGUCUGCUAAGUUGGUUAAUUUAUUUUGUGAAACCUUACGUUUCAAGUUUAUUAAAUUCUUUUUGUUUUUGUUUUACUGCUUAAUGUUAAAAGUGUGAUGAAUUACAAAUAUCAACAUUUAUUUUGCCUAAAAAAACAUUUAGUGAUGCUACAUAAAAUUAACUGCCAAGAGCCAGACCCUUUACAGUACUAGUCUUCAAUGGAGACAUGUUACUUUUUACAUGUGGGUAAAGAUUCGCUGCACUUCAAAGCCCUGUAGCCCCAGGAGUUGGACCCUGAGAACAGUCCCCAGAGCCAGCUGAUGGUGAAGCCUACUAACCAGGCACACAGCAGCACUGCUUCAAUCCAACACAACUAGGGCUGAGUAUCGUUUAGAUUUUAUUGAUUCUGAACACCAUUCUGAUUCUGCUUAUGAAAUGCUGGUUCCAAUUCUUGUCAUAUUUGCGUAUGAAAAGAAACCAAAAUGUGUUGCAUGCAAAACCACCUUUAUUAUCAGCCGACUUAGGCUGCUAUAAAAAAUAAAUUGUCAUUUUGGUAAUGAAGUCAAAUAGAGACAGCGCAUAACACGUCACACAAUGGAGACCACGUCCACAGCGGGGGAAAAAUCUGUUCCGCUCCAUAGACUUAUUAUUGGCAGUCAGCGGAUUAUCAAGAUUAUAAAAAUGCUGAAACCUCCAUGUGGACAGCUGUACAAAAGACAAGGACAAGAACUCAGAUGUGAGGUUUUCUGUGCCUCCAUGGAAAAAGCUGCUUUAAACACACAUUAUUACGAUAGCUGCUUUUAACUAACGUUAACAUUACUUAAAUUCAGCUGUCAUAGGAAAUACCUUUAGUUAAAAGCAUCUCAUGUUAUGUGACAUGUAAGGUAAUGUUGCUAGCUAUGCAGUAACACAUUAACGUUACCAUUUUUGAGACAGCCUCUUGGCUACAUGGAAGUCAAAGCCUAAGUAGCCUACAUACCAGGGACAAAAUGGCUAAUUUGCUACAAAAAGAGCAGCUUGAUUCAGGACCCCAGAAUGUUCUGGCUUUCCUCUCCACUUAAAAAUUACUUGACAAUCCACUGACUGCCAAUACUAACUAUAUGGAGCACAAUGGACUGUUUUCCCCCAUCGUGGGGGUGUGGCCUAUUAGGGGCGCGUUGAUGACAGAAGUGUAGCAGGCCCUGGCAGUUGAUUAGAAUUAUUUGCACUUAUUUAUCAUAAUGUGUGGGAUCCACUAAAAGGAGGGCGACCAUAAGCUUAGUUACUUCUGAGCUGCACUCAAUCAGCAGGUGAGUGCACUUUAGCUAACAGAGUGUCACAGCAAUGAUGUCUUUUUGUAGGCCAACCCAGAUGUUUCAGGCAGAGUUACAAUGUUUUUUUUUUUCCCAUAGGGAUUUCGUUUACUGCAGAAGGAGAAAGAAGGUCUAUGGUUAACGACGUAUGGAUAAGAGAAUUUCACGUUUUGUUC